CAGAUCCCACCACAUCUCGCAACAUCAUCACCAAUAACCAACCACUUUUCUGCAUCCAUCAUUCUCGGACGUUUACGUCGCCUCAACAUCAGCUUCUCAAUCCCACCUUUUUCACCCCACCAACUACCAUCAAAAUGACUGGAGGCGGCAAGUCCGGCGGCAAGGCCAGCGGCUCCAAGAGCGCGCAAUCUCGUUCCUCCAAGGCUGGUCUGGCGUUCCCCGUCGGCCGUGUCCACCGUCUGCUCCGCAAGGGCAACUACGCUCAGCGUGUCGGUGCCGGUGCCCCCGUCUACCUGGCCGCUGUCCUCGAGUACCUCGCUGCUGAGAUUCUCGAGCUGGCUGGCAACGCUGCGCGUGACAACAAGAAGACUCGUAUCAUCCCCCGUCACCUGCAACUCGCCAUCCGAAACGACGAGGAGCUGAACAAGCUCCUGGGCCACGUCACCAUCGCCCAGGGUGGUGUCCUGCCCAACAUUCACCAGAACCUCCUGCCCAAGAAGACCGGCAAGACGGGCAAGAACGCGAGCCAAGAGCUGUAGAUGUAGGGUGUUUGCGCUUUUGCUUUUCAUUUUCCGGUCGGCACGUUUGGGUUGUUCAUGACACGGGGUCACGGUUACAGGGUCACUUUUACGGUUGUGUUUUUGCACGUUUGGGUUGUACAUUAAUUCCCAAGGGAUCAUCAUGGUCAUGAAAUGAAUACCACAUCAAGAACAACAAACACUUGGCUCCCUCGACCGCUUGCUCGUGACUGUUUUCCAACUUGGUCCACUGGGCUCGGCCUCAUGGCCAUUCUCGUGCAGGGGCUUGGGCAGGGGUGCUCGGUUUCUUUGUAUGCCUCCUGCUCCGCCUGCCGGUUGCAAAGGGAGGCCGGGCCCAAGCAUUAUGCUGCGGUAUGGCCUGGAGGGCAGCGACCUUCCCCGCUCCAAAUGCCAUGGAGCAGAUUGAGCAGCGCCCAUGUGUCUCUGAGCGCGUGAUGCUAGCCUUCCAGGUGCGACUUUCCCCGGUGGAGUCGAGAGAGGAUGGAGUAUCGCGAAAGCGCAGCUGUCCGACACGUCCGGCGGAAGCACAGGACACUGCAUGUCACGUCACGUAGUGCCGCAGGAACGUGGUUGCGAUUGUUUUGUUUCCCA